AUGUCAACUCUUGUGCCCCGAGCUCCUUACACCGACGCCGAGUUGGCGGCCCUGUAUCCUCCUCAACUUCGCCUUCAUCAAGUUCAAAUUCUUCUUCGUCAUGGCGAACGUACACCGGUGAACGCACGUUUCACCAAUGCCGGCUUGGCACCUUUCUGGCCUUACUGUUCUGCGAUGCGACAACUUCGCAAUGCCGUCCUCGACCCGAACACAGACCGAUUCUCAGUGCUGGAGUGGAAGAGACGACUCGAGACUAUGGGGCCGAAUGACGCUCCUGUAAUGGCAUCUGGGCCAAGUGGCGAAUUGGACGAUAUUUGUGAUAUGGGAAUGUUGACAGACCGCGGCCGCGAGACCACCUUUCAACUUGGACAAAGGCUGCGGAAGCUCUACGUUGACCAACUCGGAUUCCUUCCCGCCGGCGUCAAAAACACCGACUUUAUCUACCUUCGAUCGACAGCUAUUCCACGUGCUCUAGAAUCCUUACAGCAGACUCUUAAUGGAUUAUACCCCCUGCAUACCCGCGCUGAAAACUUCCCUCCGCCAACAAUUAUUUCCCGCGCUCUUGCGGACGAAACAUUGUUCCCUAACGACUCCAACUGCCGUCGUUUUGCUGCGCUCGCCCGUGCCUUCGCCCAACGAGCCGCAGACCGGUGGAACGACUCGGAAGACAUGGCCUACCUGACAGCAAAGAUUGGCAAAUGGAUGCCAGACGAUAACCAGAAGGUCGCAGUGGACUCACGCCCUCGGUUAAGCGGUAUCAUGGACACAGUCAACUCAACCUUUGCUCAUGGCCCCGAAACAAAGCUACCCAAAGAGUUUUAUGACCCCAAAGUCAAACGCAUCCUGGAGAAGAUUGGGGUGGAAGAGUGGUAUUCCGGGUACAAAGAAAGCGAGGAAUACAGAACGCUCGGCAUCGGUGGAUUGCUCGGGGACGUGGUAUCGAGAAUGGUAGAAAGCGCCGAGAACUCCGUAGAUACCGACAGCGAUUUGAAAACCCAGUCCAGCACAGCUCCCACUGUCCGUCUGGGCCUCAGCGGAUGCCAUGACACAACUCUAGCUGGAGCGCUCUCCAGUCUCGGUGCCUUCAACGAGGAAGCCUGGCCCCCAUUCACUAGCCACAUUGCCAUUGAACUCUUUCAGCGCACAGGAACCAACAAUUCAUCGUCAAGUCAAUCGUGGUGGUCUUCCCUUUUCAACAGCUCUAAAGCAAGCAGCAUAGGGCGAAAACCGACUCCCGAGCUGACUGAGCGUGAGAAGAAGCGACUACAAGACUACUAUGUUCGCAUUCGUUACAACGACAAGCCCGUCACCAUACCCGGAUGUAAAGCGUCUGGCAAACAUCUCGACGGUGACGAGUCAUUCUGCACUUUGGAAGCAUUCAAGUCUAUAGUAGACAAGUUCACGCCCUACGACUGGAAGCAGCAAUGUCGCACGAACAUCAAAGCUCCUGCGUUCCCUGCCAAACCGGAACCCGCCGGCUAUUAA